GCGAGACUAACGUCGAAUCCUGCCUGGGCAGAUAACAGAGGAAUUUCUAAGCUAAAAAGUAUUCAUUACAGCCAUGUAUCACGACCACUACAUACUUUUGCCGUGUAUUUUGCAAUAAAAGUGCGUUGCACGCGACUCGUGCACUCUUUAAGACGCUCGAACGCUUGCAGUAGAGAAUACAUUUUCGUAGUAGAAAAUCAAAUAAAUCAAUAGAAUGUUUUUGCGAAAGCUGUUGCUGCUACAAAUUCAAGUAAUCUUCGCGCUACAGUUCAUCGCAGCCGAUAAGGCUGAAGUUGAUGUGGACGAGUUGAAGGCGCAAAUCAGCAGUCACCUGAGCUACACAGCUCAUCGUCUGGCGCGCAUUCAAAAAAAUGUCGCACCACAAUAUGCUGACGAAUUGGAGCAGAUGCUUGCGCGUUACGCGAAAGCCGCCAAUACUGAGGAUCCCUUAGCCGAGGAGAAAUUGUUGCUCGCAUACGAAGGCGCACAACGUCAAGAAUUUAUGGGUUACCUCAGCCUACAAUACGACGAACAAUUCCUCAACGAGGACAUACGCAUACAAGAGUGGAGUAUGCGCCAGUUGUUGUCACAGGUGAGCGGCCCAGUGGCUGAGGAAAUUGAAAAGCUGUUGCCCGCAUAUGAAAGCGCUGCGAAGAUCGAGGACUUCGAUAAGAAAUAUGCCGCUUUCACAGCAAUACAAGAAGGGUUUUCGUCCACUUUGUGGAAGCUAUUGGAUGCUCAGCCUGAGGACAAGGCUUUGCUCAAUGUCCAGCUGCAGUUCUUUAGAGAGUUUUUAAUGUACCUGCUGAAACAGCAAGAAGCAGCGCAGUUUGUUGCGAAGAUAAAAAGUGUGCUCGGCGAGGUAGAGGCGGCCCUGGUGAGUGCGGAUGUGAAGCAAAAGUUGGAUGUGCUUGACAGUUUUGAUGAUUUAACGACGAAAUUCGGGCGCUAUUUGGAUUACAAAGUAUUGGAAUUUGAGUUCGACCGAUUUGGGAGAUAAACUUUGAGUAAACGGGCGGGACUGUGUGCAGUUAGCUUGAUGUGUAAGGUAGAAAUAUUUGUAGCAAGAAAAGUGUGAAAAUAAACAGAGAUAUUUGUGGAGGAAAUGUUGGAACGAA